UACCAACGUUCUUUAUGUUUAACACCAACGUUCUACAUGUUUAACACCAACGUUAUCUUUAAUACCAACGUUCUUUAUGUUUAACACCAACGUUCUUGAUGUUUAACACCAACGUUCUUUAUGUGUAAAACCAACGUUAUUGUUUAACACCAACGUUCUUUAUGUUUAACACCAACGUUAUUAUGUUUAACACCAACGUUCUUUAUGUUUAAUACCAAUCUUCUUCAUGGUUAAUACCAACGUUCUUCAUGUUUAAUACCAACGUUCUUCAUGUUUAAUACCAAUGUUUUUCAUGUUUAACACCAACAUUCUGUAUGUAGUUUCUAUUUGUAUGUACGUAUGUUAAUUGAUAAAGUUAGAGAAUGAUUGUGGAAAGGGUUCAAAUGAAUGAAUAUUCAUAACACUGUGUGUUUUAAGUUUUUCAUGCUGUCCCUUUUGAUGUGCUUUUUCUCUUGACAGUGUUUGAGAGGUAUAAGAGCUACAGUCCGUACGACAUGAAGGAGAGCAUCAGGAAGGAGGUGAAGGGAGAUCUGGAGAAGUCCUUCCUCACUCUGGUGGAGUGCUUUGAAAACAGGCAGCUGUACUUCGCCAACAGACUCAGUGAAGCCAUGAAGAGUAAAGGAGCAAAGGAGAAGGUGGUGACCAGGAUCAUGGUGUCUCGCUGUGAAGUCGACCUGAUGAAGAUCAGAACAGAGUUCAGGAAGCAGCACAAAAGAUCUCUGUACCAGACCAUUGCUGAGCACACUAAAGGAGACUACCAGAAGGCUCUGCUCAGUCUGUGUGGAGGAGACGACUGAGACCUCAACUCUGUGUGGACUCAGUUUCCCAGAAGGCCGCUGGGUUUAUAAUCAGAUGACCGCAGUAUUAGAGGCUUUUGGUGUUUUCCUCUAAAUUAAAUAGAUCAGUUUGUGAAAUAAAAACGUUCCACUUG